GCCUGACGCGCGUCCACGUCCCCUCUCGGCGGCGCGCUCCCGUCUCAGAUCAGAUCCAGGAGGAGCAGAGAGGAGCAGAGAGGAGGAGCAGCUGUGUGUGUGUGUGUGUGUGUGUGUCGUCUCUCGCUCCGCCAUGCAGACAUGGACCCAGUCCGCUCCGGGACUCUAAGCCCCGGCUCCGCUGCUGCUCGUGUCCGCCUCCUGCGCUCCUCCGGCCGGGGAAACCCGCCCUGACGCACCGCUGCCUGUCCUCCGUUUCUCCUCUCCUCCUCCUCGCGCCUCCUAUGGCCCCCAGGAGCCUCUGACUGCUUGUCUGUUCCCUUUAAAGCUGAAGAUGGAGACGGUGAUGGAGAGGGAGUGCAGCGCGCUGGGGGGGCUCUUCCAGACCGUCAUAGGCGACAUGAAGGGCAGUUAUCCUGUCUGGGACGACUUCAUCAGCAAGGCCAGUAAGCUGCAGUCACAGCUCAGGACGACGGUUGUUGCAGUAGCAGCGUUCCUGGACGCCUUCCAGAAGGUUGCCGACCUGGCGACCAACAGCCGAGGAGGAACCAGAGACAUCGGCUCGGCUCUCACCAGGAUGUGCAUGAGGCACCGCAGCAUCGAGGCCAAACUACGCCAGUUCUCCAUGGUGUUCCUGGACUGUCUCAUCAACCCUCUCCAGGAGCAGAUGGAGGAGUGGAAGAGAGUCGCCAACACUCUGGACAAAGACCAUGCCAAAGAGUACAAGAAGGCUCGUCAGGAGAUCAAGAAGAGAUCCUCAGACACUCUGAAGCUGCAGAAGAAAGCAAAGAAAGCUGAUGUCUUUGGACGUGGGGACCUCCAGCCCCAGCUGGACAGCGCCAUGCAGGACGUGAGUGAUAAGUACCUGCUGCUGGAGGAGACGGAGAAGCAGGCGGUGAGGAAAGCUCUGGUGGAGGAGAGGAGCCGCUUCUGUUACUUCGUGUCCAUGCUGAAGCCGGUCGUGGAGGAGGAGAUGUCGAUGCUGGGGGAGAUCACCCACCUCCAGACUCUAACAGACGACCUGAAGACUCUAACCAUGGACCCACACAAGCUGCCCGCCUCCAGCGAGCAGGUAAUCGUGGACCUAAAGGGGUCCGACUGCACCUGGUCCUACCAGACCCCGCCCUCGUCUCCGAGCACCACCGUCUCCAGGAAGUCCAGCAUGUGCAGCAGCCUGAACAGUGUGAACAGCAGCGACUCCCGCUCCAGCGGCUCCCACUGCCACUCCCCGACCUCCCACUUCCGUUACCGCGCCUCCUCCUCCUCCUCCUCCUCGGUGCUCCCCCAGCAGACGCCGGCCCGCCUCUCCUCCGUCUCCUCCCACGACUCCGGCUUCAUCUCUCAGGACGCCUUCCAGUCCAAGUCUCCGUCCCCCAUGCCCCCCGAAACCUCACAGUUGUCGAAUGGUUUUGAGCAUCACGUCGCCCCCUUUCUGCACGGAGCGGUACUGCAGGCUGCGGACACCCACCUCCACCUCCACCCUCCAUACUUCACCUCCUCCUCCUCCACCUCCUCCCCCAUCUCCUCGCCCUCCUAUUCGUCCAUUUCUCCCACGUGGCCCUGGUCUCGUGGGGACCCCGGGCCCCUCGGCCCCUCCGUGUUCGGAGUCAUCCCGUCGUCCAGAGUCCCGUCCUGGAAGGACUGGGCCAAACCGGGUCCUUACGACCAGUCGGUGGUCAACACCCUGAAGAAGAGCAAAGACAGGAGAGAGACUACAGAUCCCAGCAGCCACCAGGGCCAUGACAUCACCACACCGGGGGAGGAGCAACAAGGGGUUAAAGGAAGCCACGCUGUCAAAUCACCAAAGGAGGAGCGGGAGGCCCACGAGGAGCUGGCCCGGGCCCUGGCCAGGGGCCUCCAGCUGGACAUCCACGGCUCCAGCAGAGACUCUCUGCAGGGCUCCAGCGGCUACAGCAGCCAGACACACACACCCUGCUGCUCCGAGGACACCAUCCCCUCCCAAGUGUCCGACUGUGACUACUACUCUGUGGGAGCCGACCAGGAAGGCGACCAUCCGCCGUCUUCAGACUUUGAUAAAUCCUCGACCAUCCCCAGAAACAGCGACAUCAGCCAGUCCUACCGCCGCAUGUUCCAGUCCAAACGCCCCGCCUCCACCGCAGGGCUGCCCUCCAACCCCUCCGCCGUCAUCACCCCGGGGGUCGCCACUAUCCGACGGACACCAUCCUCCAAGCCGAACCUCCGCCGGCCCUCCGGGGGCCUCAGCUUGGGCCCCAUCCCCAUUAAGCCCCCCAUGAUCCCAGUCAAGACCCCCACCGUGCCCGACCACCCCGGGUUCCCCAGCAGGGCAGCGUCCGAGGACGGCAACUCACCCCGAACCCCGACAACCCCAUUGUCUCCAGGCAACGGCAUGCCGCCAUUAACGAGGUCCACCUCCUGGAACACCCAGCACCUGAGCGAGGGGUCGGACCCCCCCACCCCGCCACCGCAACCCGGCGGCCGGGUGUCGGAGUGGGAACGCCGGCCUCUCCCGGAGCUCCUGGAGGAGACCGAGUACAGCGAGGUGGAGGAUUUUCUGGUGGCGAUCCGACGAGGCGUCAAGCUCAAGAGAACGUCCACCAAUGACCGAUCAGCACCAAAUAUUCACUGAGACUAUUGAGGCCGUAGUUGCCUGAGUUUCGGCAAAUAUGCUCUUAAAAGGGACACAGAAUGGUUAUAAACAAGUAAAUGGAAGCAAACGUUGAGGAUUUGGAGGAAGUUGCCUAGAGAUUCUGAUCCGGGAUUAUUUUAGAAAAAUAACCCAACAAAACUUUGAAGGAAUAUUUGAUCAUGGUUCAAUGACUUCAUUAGAGAAAUAUACAAAAUCUACAUUUUGGUACAAAUUUUUUUACCACACUAGUCUCGAGACGAUAGAGAACGUAUGGUUACGUUGUAACCUUAGUUCUCUGAGUAAAGAGACUAUCUCUUUACUCGGAGAACUUAGGUUGCAACGUAACCAUACGUUCUCUAUCAUCUCGAGACCAUCUCUCCAGCUACCCAGUACAAUCGAGUAGUAAUCUAUAGCAUAUUUGGCCAAAGACAAAGUGCUUAAAUGACGGAAGACAACACUUCGGUUUGUGGUCUUACAGCCUGUAUCUACAUAAGUUUGGAAAUCCAUCCAUCCAUUUUCUUCCACUUAUCCGGGGCCGGGUCGCGGGGGCAGCAGGCUAAGCAGGGCAUUCCAGGCGCCCGUCUCCCCAAGUUUGAAAAUCUCUUAUCUGAACUGAUACAAACUGAAGAGUUAUCAAACAAAUGUGGGUAAAAGGUAGAAGCUUUUAUUCAUCCAGCAAAAAUGAAGUAUCAAUGGAUCGGUUAUGCCACAUGUUCUUGUUCGGGAACCUAAAAAAAGCACUUCUCCCUUUAAAAUAAUUCCUGAUUCCAGCUAACUUUCCCUCCAACUGAUCCUGGAUCAGUUCCUCUGGCCAACUUCCAAACAUAAAAGCCGAACACGUACAAGUUCGUUCUUGUAGCAGACACUACUAAAUGUUAAUGCGUGUGUUAUUGAGUUGAAGUGACGAUAGACGACGUAGGAUAAAAAAAAUCCUGGGAGGAUUGACGGAGUAUUUUCAAAAGAUCAAAUCAUUAUUUGUAUGUACAUAUUUAUAUUUUGACGUAUUUGUACGUUUUGUUUGUCAUAUGCUCCUUUUACAUCCCCGUAGUCUCCCAUUAUUUCCACUGAAAAGGUGCCAAAAGCCUGUGUGCUGAAUUUAUCUUAAAUAUUCUGUAUUUAAUUCAAACUAUGCUGGAUUUUUUUGCUGUAAAAACAUAGAUGGGGUGUUGGGUAAUGAAUAAAAAGAGACUGAAAGAAAGAUUUAGCUUCUACGCAAACUGAAAGAGUAUUUGUAUAUGUUAGGGUAGCUUGUUGAAGAGUUCAUUCAGAACUGAGUCGUUACAGUUAUUAACACAUACAGUAGAUUGACAUGCAUGUUCUUAAAGUCUGCCCAAAGUAUAAACAAUCAUUUUGGCUUUUAAAUUUAUAAGAUAUUUGAGCCCAUAUUAUUCCAGCUGGUGGAUAUUAACAGUGUCAGCGGUAGCGGAUCAGGAACUGUGGAUGCCUACAAGGUGCAGAUUUGUUCAGAUUUGAUUCACCAAACAAACAAAAACAAUCCAAAAUAAUGAAAGUUAUUAUUUGGUCAGUAUUUAUUUAUUUAACCUUUUUGUAAUUUGGGUUUUAUUGUUACAUUAGCAUUUAUUUCCUGUAAAGCACUUUAAACGAUCUGGAAUUGAUUCGAAAAAUGAGUAAAAAGAACAAAACAAGGGAAUCAAUAAUAUAAAUAUUAAGUACUCUUGCAGAAAGACGUUUUCUCUAUCGUCUCGAGACUUAUCUUCCCAGCUGGAGAGAUAGUCUCCUCACUCAGAGAACCAGGGUUACAACGUAACCCAACGAUCUGUGACUUUGUCGGCCUCCAUGUUCACGAACCCCUUUAGUUCAACUUGUUGCUAAUCUGCCAACUAACGUAGCAACCGUGUGUGUUAGCAGACACGUCCACGUCAUUAAUAGACGUCGUUACUACAGGUUCCGUGUUACUACUUAGCUAGAGUCAUUGGAGUAAUGUGGAUUAGUGUAUUGGUCUGUUGUAGUGAAGCCAGUGUGCUGAUGGUGAGUUUUAUUCGGCACAGAUAGAAAAAAACGGUUGUGGACGAGUCAAUGCAGGUGUAUUAAUUAUCAAGAAAAUGUCAGAAAUAGCUUGUUUUGUCUGAGAAUAUAAAACUGUUGGCAAUAAACUUAAGUAUUAGCCCAACUAAAAUAAAAACACUGUUCGUUCACUGUCCCAAUACAUCAAUGGACACCAAUGGCGCCAAUAAGAAGUGUACAUUUUUUUGGAAUAACAGAUAAAUAUGUAUACUGGUCUGAACUCUAGCCUGCUUAAGUCCUGAACCGUCUGUGCUUACUCGCCAUCAAACACCAACCGACCAACUGGUACGUAGAGAGUUUUUCAGGUGGUUUAACACUCUGGUAGCCAUCUUGGAGGUCUUUAACUCUUUGGCAACUGAUUACUUUCCCCAGUUUAUGCAAUUUGGUUUUUCUCAACAGAAUUCAAGGGACAAUUGACAUUUUUAACGUUUGAUGUUUUCACAUUUCUUUCAAUGCAGCCUUAAAUUCAUCAUUUGGACACUAGAACUUCUUUUCCUGGCAAGACCCGUCCUACGUAGCAGCCGGAUUGUUUGUGGUUAGGUGCUGAUCUUGAGCAGCGUAUUGGUCCGUCAGGGGACUGGACCUGAACCAAACCUGGACCUCAUGCUAAUGCUGCAAAAGGCGGGUCUUGCUAAGAAAGCGA